CGAGGCCAGGUUACAUCCCCAAAACAAAGAUGGCGGCUGCCAGUGAGUUUCCAACAGAACUAGCGACUCGGCCGCUUGGUCUUAUAGCUCUGAUGGGGCUCGACAUAAAUCAGAAACCUUUGCAUAAGGCCAUCUGGGAGUCUUUUUCUGUCAACAGGCAUCCUGACAGAGUUCCACUUUCUUUCAGACUUUUGCCAAUUGAUCACGAGUUUCCCAAAGCCAAGUCGAAGCGUUCUACAUAUGAGUGGUAUUUACUAAAGGGUAUCCUAAAAACUAAAUGGAUGCACAAGCAUCUUUACCUUACUCCAGCUGUUGUGGUCAUGUUUUAUGAACUGGAUUGGGAUGACACUCAGUGGAAAGACAAACAAACUGAAUGUGCUUCAAAACUGGAAAAAGUCAGAAGCAGUCUCCAAGACCAGAACACCAAGGUAGCUGUUGUGCUCAUUCAAAAGAAUGCACCUCUUCCACCUGGUGAUGACCUACAGGCACUAGAAAGGGCAGCAACACUUUGCAGUGCAUAUGAUUUGUCAGCCAAGUCUCUGUUUGUUCUUCCACACACAGACCACUUAAUUGGUUAUACAAUCAGGUUGGAAAAUGCUUUCUAUGAUUUAGCACAGAGUUACUAUCAUGGAGAAUGUAGAAGAGUUAAAGCUCACAAGGAGUUUCUCAACAAGGGAUCUCAUCAGCUGCUAUUGGUACGACACCAGUUUAAGGUUGCCUUCUUCAAUGAGCUUCGACAGGACCCCCAUUCUGCCAUAAAGCACUACAGGCAAGCCUACAGUCUCCUAGGAGAGCUCAAGUCAAGUGACAUCAAUAUGCUAGAAAUUAAAGUUGUUGCAGGCUUUGUCAAUUAUAAGAUUUGUCGUCUGAGUUUCCAGGCAUCAGCUCCAUUAGAUGCCAUUUCACAAUUCAGAAAACAUGUUGAUUUGUUCAAGGAGAAAGUUGGCUCCCCUGAAUUGGCAUUUGAGCACUCAGCCUGGCUCUCUAAACAGUUCAGUUUAUUUGGAGAGCUGUUUGAUGAAGCCAUCAGGAAUGGACUGACAGCGUUGCAGACUCAGCACCCAGGGUUCUACUACCAACAAGCUGCCAAUAAUGCUAUUGUGAGGAGACAGCUAUGCCAGGGUUUGUGCCAUACUACCACUCCACUGUCCAUGAAUCCUCUGGAAAAUGCUGGAAACUUAGACUUUUUUGGUCAGAGACCAUGGAGGCAAGGUUUUCAAGGAGCAGAGCCUCCAGAUGCUGCAAUAGAGCAUGCUGGAAUCAUUGCAUUGCAGGCUCAGGAAAUACAGGUGGACCAUUCAUGGAUCAUCAUUCCUCUUCUCAGCAGUGCAGUGGCUCAGUUUAAAAAGUACAAGUCACCCAGAAUGAAAAGAUAUUUGAUGGUACAGAUGGGUGAGGAAUAUUAUCAUGCUAGAGACUACAGCAAGGCUUUAAUGUUGUUGUGUAGAGUCACUUGGGAUUACCGCAGAGAAAAAUGGUGGUCACUUCUGACCUCAGUGCUAAUCACGUCAUUGAGGUGUGCUUAUCUUGUCGGAAAUGUGCAAGAGUACAUCACUCUUUCGCUUGAAUUGAUGGGAAGAUAUGUUGAAAAUUCACCUGAGGAAAAAACAAGAUGUCAGACAAACCUCAUCCAAGUUAUGUCGAAUGAAUGCCCUGAGCCCGAGCCAGGAUGUGACUUUGAAGCAGUAGAAGAGGCAAAGGAAUUGUGGAAAACACUGAAGGCGUCGCCACAGACACCCCAGGUGUUUACCAUACAGAUGGAACAAAUAGCACCAUUUGUUGAAUGCAAGGCUGUAUUUGAUUCGUCAACAAUCUCGGCAGAUUCGACUAUCCUCCUUCAAAUUUACUUGAGGGUAACGUGUCCUUUCCCAAUCCGUUUUUCUAAAAUUGCUGUUUUCUUCAGCAAUCAGUUUUAUAACCAGCAGUGCGUAGUGGAGACGGGAUUGACUCAAGGAGAGGGUGGAUUGUAUCUUUUACCAGCUAAGACCAAAGUCAUUCCAUUCCAGCUUGUUCCACAGCCAGAGGAUGUGGGAAAACAGCUUCAGGUCACCUCUGUCGCUCUGGAGCUGGGCUCCCGUGGGUCUCGAUGUGCUGUGCUUGUGUGGAGUGGUUGGGGAGGGGAGGCUGCGGCUACUAACAACUCCUUUGUGUCUUACGGCUUAAAGUCCGCAAGCAAAGAAGAUCAGAUCGAUUGGGAUGAUUUAAAAGCUGUAUCGAAAAUCAAAAUUGAAGCACGGAAGCCUAAAAUUGAAGUAAAACUCAAACAUGAACCUCCAGCCCUGGUUAACGAGUUUUAUGAACUUCACCUGGUUGUUGAAAGCUUAGAAGAGACGUCUGUAAAAGAUCUGAGAGUCUGGUUAGGAUUUCAGGACGAACACGAGACUGCUGAGGGUGCCGCUUUGAUUUACUCAGGAGUACCAGCCGCUGAUCAGUCUGGAGGACAAACAAAGAGCUGCAUUGAAUUUACCGUGAAAGAAACCAACGAAAAGAUCGAGAAGUCUUACUUCGUUAAGUGUUCUCAAGUCGGUUCACGGACUGUAACAGCAAAGAUAACUUACUCUGUUGACGUGCAAGUAGAACCCAACUCUCCACCUGUGACUUGUACUUGUGCUAAGGGUUUUUUCCGAAGUCGAUCAAUUCCCAUUCAAACAAGUACCCCUAUAAAUUGUUUUUCCUUGAAUAACGUUUUUGCGUUUGUUUCCUAGCUGGAAAGGCUGGACCAAGUAUUUGAAGAGGAACCAUUUCUCUUAUUGGCUGGGAUUAAAUGCACUUCACCGUGGCCUGUUACCAUGGUUACUACCAUCCUUAAUAUGUCUCCAGAAGUUAAUAUCGUUGGCGAAGAGAUGGGAUCCCAGCUACAAGGAAUCUCCUUGCAACAGGGUGAGAGUGCAUCAGAGUGCUAUUGCUUGGCUGUCAGGGAGGGGGUCAGUAAAAUGAAAGUCGUGAACAUUGGUAGCCUCGCUCUCCAAUGGAGGCGAACGUCUGCGGAUGAUGGAUUUCCUGUUGUGAUCACGGAACUUACCUUUCCGUCAGUCACAGUGGAAAGCGUGCCAUUUUCUAUCCACACAGAGUUACCCGCGUAUGGCUGUGUUCAGACUCCUCUGUCCGUAAGCUAUCUCGUCCGAAAUAGAACUCUUCAGGUUCAGGAGGUCGAGGUCACAGUGGAGCCAAGUGACGCCUUCAUGUAUUCAGGUCACAAACAGAUUCAGUUCCGCCUGCUGCCCACUGGUGACCACAGGCUCAAGUUUAGUCUGUAUCCUCUUUGCGCUGGCUUUGUAACCCUUCCCAAGCUGCAUUUCAACCUGCCUCGCUUUCAGAUUAGCUGGGAUGAGCAUGCGCAGAAAAUGGUUCCAACAAAUGUAUUCAUUAAGCCAAGAGGACGGGAAAUAGGCUUCUGAAAGAUCUCAAUCUCUUGUGAAAAGACGGAAGCUUACAUCAGGCGGGUUAAGGUGCAAAUAUUAGAGAGCAAGCGAUGGGAAGAAGUACUGGAAGUACUUGGACAUUUACGUUUGUCAACAAGAUACUGGAAGCCAGAGUCGACAGAUGUAAUUCAAGGAAUGUUAUUAAUAAACCAGAACUCAAGAUCCGCGUCAGGGAUUAUCCGACAGUUCCUUGACAAGAAGAAUUUGUAGGAUGUACAAGUGGACUGCUUCUGGCCGUAUGAACGGUAAUCUCCUGUUUGAUAUGACCUAGCUGGGACGCACAGAAGUUUCAACCGUACAAGAGUGUACUUGCAAAAGAUUGCAGUGGUAUCGUGUAUGGGUUGUUGAGACGACUGUACAUGAUUGAUAUUAUCUGCAAUUAUUUAAUCUCGUGCCCAGAUCUCCCAUGGUUACGCGUCGACUGGGACAAGGGUACUGCAUUAGCGGUUGUGCCUUGAAGCGCGGUGUUGUAGGUAGCCUUAGCCUGCAGGAGAAGUUACGAGAGACCAAAUGAACUCAUGGCGGCUUUGCGUCAAGUUUUAGACGUUUUUGUUGUGUAGUGUAUGAGGCAAACUCGAAAAAGAACUCGAAGAAAUGUAAUAUUGUAUAUGGUGAGUACAUGUACGUACACACACAAAAAAACAACAUUUAGAUGACAAAGGUUAUCACUACGCUUGUAAUACGGGAACUGAAUGGACUUCAAAGAAAUUCGAUUCGCGGAGAAGUUUGUUAAUGUCAAAUAUUUCAAUUUCCGAAAAUAAAGAACACCUUGUUUAUGUG